AUGGCAAGUCCCGACCAAAUGCAGAGGUUUUCACUUCUUGGUGUCUCAUGCAUACUUCUUGUCGCCGUGGUCGCCGCUGCAGGCGGAGAAGGACAACAGAAUGCUGGCAAGCUUUGUGAAUCAAUGCAGUACCAAGAAGCAUGCCACAAGAGUCUUGAGAAGGCGUCCGGCCAAACGACCGAUGUUAAAGAGCUUUUGAAAGCCGCAUUUAAUGCAACAUCAGCGGAGUUGGUGAAACAUAUUAACAAUUCAUCUCUCUAUCAUGAGUUGGUGAAGGACAACAGGACAAAACAAGCAGUGGAAGUUUGCAAUGAGGUUUUGAAUUAUGCUGUCGACGGAAUCUCUAAAUCGGUUGGUAAAAUCGACAACUUUGAUAUCAAUAAGUUGAAUGAAUAUGGUUAUGAUCUCAAAGUUUGGUUAACCGGUACACUUUCGCAUCAACAUACAUGUCUGGAUGGCUUCGAGAAUUCAACAACGACAGCAGGGUCUUGGCGAAAACACCAAUACUGCGAAGGACAAAGACGCCUUCUCGCCGAUGAAACCGUUAAGCCAAAUGCUGUUGUCGCGCAAGACGGUAGUGGACAGUUUAAGACAGUUGCUGAUGCUCUUAAGACUGUUCCUGCCAAUAAUGCACAACCUUUUGUCAUUCAUGUUAAGGAAGGUGUUUAUAAGGAGAAUGUUAAUGUUGCUUUGGAACAGAAUUUUGUUACCAUCAUCGGCGAUGGUCCUACCAAGACCAAAUUCACUGGUAGCCUCAACUUUGUCGAUGGUUUAGUUGCUUACAACACCGCAACCUUCGGUGUAAAUGGUGCAAACUUCAUGGCAAAGGAUGUUGGAUUCGAGAACACAGCCGGACCAGAAAAACGUCAGGCAGUAGCACUCCGAGUAACAGCAGACAAAGCAGUCUUCUACAACUGUCAAAUGGACGGUUUCCAAGCCACACUCUUCGCGGAAUCCCAACGCCAAUUCUACCGUGACUGCACCAUCUCAGGCACAAUCGACUCCAUCUUCGGCGACGCCAUUGGAGUUUUCCAAAACUGCAAACUAGUCGUUAGGAAACCAGCUGAAGAGCAAGAAUGUACCGUAACAGCAAGUGGUAGAGUCAAAUCCGACAGCCCAAGCGGUCUCAUUUUCCAAACCUGUCACUUCACAGGUGAACCAGAAUUAGCAUCAAUGACACCCAAAAUCUCUUACCUCGGAAGACCAUGGAAGGCAUACGCGAGAGUCGUCAUAAUGGACUCAACCAUCGAUGACAUUUUCGUCCCUGAUGGUUACAUGCCAUGGAUGGGAACUGUUUUCAUCGACACAUGUACUUUUUACGAGUAUAACAAUAAAGGUCCAGGUGCUGACACAAAAGGAAGAGUUAAGUGGCCCGGUGUCAAAACUAUAUCCGCGACCGAAGCAGCUGAUUUCUACGCUGGAAAAUUCUUUGAGAUUGCUAAUUCAACCGAUCGCGAUUCUUGGAUUGUGAAGUCUGGUGUUCCGUAUUCACUUGAUCCUUCACAUUCUAGCAGUGGCGGCGGUAAGUCCGAGCCCGGAAGUAAUAAUUCGGAGGCUGGCAGUCAUUCCGGAGCUACAAGAAGGGAGACAUUUUACAACGGCUUUUUCAUAGCUGCUGUGUAUUUGUUGGCAAAUAUUUGGAUGUAA